AUGACAGUCGAGCUUUUGGUAGAGGAUAGAAUGGCAAGCCAAUCUGAGAUUACUAAUCAGCGUAGUGAUUCUGGGGCGGAUUUCUUCUGGGAAAGGCGCAAAUUGUGCUGUGUUUGUUACGAGACCGUUGGCGAGCGGAAAAAAGUUGAAAGAAAAAAGAUAAGACCAUCAGAAAAUCUGUUGUGCGUACCAUCAGAAAACCCAGAGCAGAAACUAGACCUGGCUGUAACCAUCUGCCAGGAACCAUCAGAAAAGCCAGAGCAGGAAACUGGAGCUGGCUGUAACCAUCUGCCAGGAGACUCCAGAAAACUCCUGAUAUCAACAUCAAUCAGAGGAACAACAAGCGAGCAGGACCAGGAUCUAAGAGCUGAUAGCAGCCCCUGCCACUCCCAGGAACCAUCAGAAACCCCUGACGAUACCAACUGCCAGGAAAAACAAAAGCAAGAGCUGGAUCUGGGCAUGAACAACUGCCAGGAGAAUCAGCUUGAAGUAAAGUUCCCGACGCCCAGGACAUAUCUGCAAAUCCUGGAGCCAACAGGACAGGACAGCUACGGGAUGAAUUAUACCGGUUGGCACCGUAAAGAACAACUGGAUGUGUCCGUGACCAUCGUAAAGGACAUAGAGAAGAGAAAAGACAUCCUUCAAGAAGUGGAAGUCCUUGAACUUAUCAGAGGCCACGAAAAUGUCAUUGGCUACUAUGGGGCUUAUUACCAACGUGCCUCUGUAAAGAAGCCCCACUAUGAAGGACUGUGGGUAAGGAAGUGUUUAUUCAGGUUACAAUUUAUGCACCAACAUGCCAAUCAACAGCUCUAAUACAAGCAAACAUUUUGGAUGCAAAUAUUAUUCAGUUUGGUAAGAAAGAGUCACGGUGCAUGUGGAUCACUUUGUUCUCAGUUGCACCUGAUAUUGUAGUUACACCCAGAAUGCUUGUGUAGGUCUAUUUCUGACUCACAUCCACACAGCCUUUCCCCAGACUUCCUAAUAUAAUUAUAGAC